UUUAACUGGCGAACGGUAAACAUCAUAAUCUAAUAAGCAACGGACUGUCACACGCUUGACCUAAGCAAACAAAGGAAUUUCUGCAGACGGCCACAACAACAAAGUGUGCAACAUGCUGAUGUUAGGGGGCGUACCUAGAUUUUUACCAUUGGGACUGCUGUUCCUCGGACUAAUUGCGCAAAGUGUUGCUUUGGGUUUUCAAUAUCGUAAUGGCCGUCAUGUGCACGGAUUUCUGGGCGAGCCGAGUAAAAUUGCGACACUUCAGCGGUCGCAGGAACCAGAUGACCUUUGGUUUGAUCAAAUUCUUGAUCAUUUCCAUGGCGCUGAUAGAAGACAAACUUGGAAGCAACGGUACUUCGUAAAUGCAGCUCACUAUCGGAACGACAGCACGGCGCCCAUAUUUCUUAUGAUAGGCGGCGAGGGUGAGGCUUCCAAGAAGUGGAUGAAUGAGGGUGCUUGGAUUCAUUAUGCAGAGCAUUUUGGUGCCCUCUGCAUACAGUUAGAGCAUCGCUUUUAUGGCAAGAGUCAUCCAACGAGUGAUUUGUCCACCAAAAAUCUGGUGUACCUAAGCUCUGAACAGGCGCUGGCCGAUUUGGCCAAUUUUGUGGCUGCAAUGAAGAGUAAAUACAACCUAGCUGAUACCCAGAAGUGGAUAGCAUUUGGUGGCUCUUAUCCGGGCUCAUUAGCUGCCUGGGCCAGAGAGAAGUAUCCGCACCUGAUAUACGGUUCCAUAAGCUCCAGUGGUCCACUACUGGCAGAAGUUGAUUUCAAGCAGUACUUUGAGGUGGUCAAGUCGUCACUGGCUAACUACAAUCCCGGUUGCGUGGAGGCAGUGACUCGAUCAUUUGCUCAGGUUGAGAUACUGCUAAAGCAUAUGAUAGGACAACGCAAUCUCGAUGAAAAAUUUAGAACCUGCACGCCAAUUAAGGACUCUAUUGAAAACCAAUUGGACAUAUCGAAUUUCUUUGAGAACCUGGCUGGCAACUUUGCUGGGGUGGUGCAAUACAAUAAGGACAACAGUCCACACGCCAAUCUAACUAUCGAUGAUAUCUGCGAUGUAAUGCUAAACUCUACGGUUGGUCCGCCUGUGACUCGUCUAGGGAUCAUCAAUGAAAUGCUGCUGCAGCAAUCGAAUGCCACUUGUUUGGAUUACAAAUAUGACAAAAUGGUAGCUGAUAUGAAGAACGUUUCGUGGGAUUCUGAGGCGGCUAAAGGCAUGCGCCAGUGGACGUACCAAACUUGUAAUGAAUUCGGGUUCUACCAGACGUCCGAAAACAAAUCUGACACUUUCGGCGAUCGCUUUGGCGUCGAUUUCUUUAUACGUCAAUGCAUGGAUAUUUACUCCGAGCAUAUGGACUCGAAAUACUUGGAGCAGGUGGUGGCUCAAACGAACAAAUACUAUGGCGCUCUCAAACCGGACACAACUAAUGUACUUUAUGUGCAUGGUUCCAUUGACCCAUGGCAUGCUUUGGGUCUAACAGCUUCAAAGAAUCCGAAGACGCCAACAAUAUACAUUGAAGGCACCGCACACUGCGCCAACAUGUACGAGCCGGUACAGACUGAUCCAAAGCAAUUGGUGGCGGCUCGCAAUAAGAUACUAAAAUAUCUGGCCAAGCUAUUGGAUGCCUAUACUUCAACUUAAGACGAGAAAAUGUUACUCUAAGAGUAUACUCAUGUAAUAAUCAAAAUCAAACUUUUUGGAGAUAAACAAUAAAUGAUUGUGCUUUGUAUUCAAGUUAAA